AUGGGCAGUGUGCCUAAUCUGGGUGUCAUUACCACUGAUGUCCCCACCCUCAGCAGCUUCUGGCAGUUCCAGAGGAUGGUCAGCCACAUCAUGGGAAGGAGAGCCUUCCUCUCCUACUAUGGAUAGGUCUGCUACUGUGGGCUCGGAGAAAAAGGGAUCCCUGUGGACGACCCAGACAGAUGCUGUGUGACACAUGACUGCUGCUACGAGAGGCUGAAGGAGUCUGGCGGCCAGCCCGUGUUGAACAGCUACCAGUCCCACAUCAUCAACAAGACGGUGGUCAGUGGACGUUCCCUGGGUCCUGGUGACAGUUGCCUCUACGGGCCUGAGAGUGGUGACCAGCAACCUGCUACUGCUUCAGAAAGAGCUCGCCCACCUACGAGAAAACUUCAAGCCCUUCUCCAGCUGGCCCCAGCACGGCAGGCACCGGCUCCAGGGCUAGGAAGGCCACCAACCCCUUGUCACUCGGCAUCUGCUCUCGGGCCGUCCUUUAGGAAGCCAUCUCUGAUUAUCCCCGACAAGCCACCCUUUGGCACUGCCACCUCGGUGCACCUUCUCCUCCAGCCCCUGAGGACUGGAGGUUAGAAGUGAGGCGAAUUCCCUGACCCGAGGGUAGAGAGGGACCACCAAGGUCUCCUGAAUAAGUGACCUAUCCAGACAGUAGUCAGUGCUGGAAGGAUAAAGCAAGGGGUGGAGCAGACAGGAGCUCCCAGCCCCCUCCCACAGGGAUCCAGAAGCAGGGAGCCCUACACUCUCCCCCUGCCCAACCCCAAAUCGAGAUGCCAGGCAGACCCGGGAACCUGCCUACAACAGAUCUACCUGGGAACCCUGGGGACAAAGCAGAAAUAUUGGGAAAUGGGAUUCUGGGAGCCACACCUGGUGUCUGGCUCUCAUUUGCUCCAGAGCUGCCCCCUGGACACCCACAGGUAGGAGCAGCUUGAUGCUGGUUUCGUGUCUUGGGUCACCAGGACAUGUCAGCAGCCCCUGCUGCCACGUGGAUUCAUAGCCAGGAAGAUGCCAAGAAACGGGAAAGAGGGCAUCAGAGGAAUCCCAGAUUUCCAUCCACGUUUAGAAGGCUCUGGUCACUCCAGACUUAAAUUCUAAUAAACGUCCAAGUGAUCUCA